AUGGACGGAGUCAGGAUCACUCGACAUGAGGCACAGGUGCCCCGUGCUUGGCUGGCGCGCUUUCGCUUGCGGGGCGAAGGCUUGACGGAACAGGCGCUGUACCUGCUGGAGCCGCUGAUUCGACGACAUCUCGACGCGCCUUUCCCCUUCCAUGUAAAGGCUCUGCUGGGGCUCAAGAUCGAGAAGAGCCUGCCGACCAACGACCCCGCCUACCGCGUGCACUACGUCGUCACUACCUUGAGGUGGAGGUAUGAGUCUGCCGUCGAGUGGGCUACGCUGCCCGGGAGCGGAUGGAGCAUCGUGGGCUUCGAGUGGAUGGAUGUGCUGAUCGCCCCGGGGCUGGAGAUGGCUCCACCGCGCGGCGGAGCUGGCGGCCGCAACGUGAAGCUCCCCGAGCCACAUCGGUGCUUCGAGUUCUGCGUUCGAGCGGCCUUCCUCGGCGUGGGCGACCUGACCGCGGCGGAACGCAAGAACACCGUGCGCUGCACCGGCUGGCCCUUCUUCGAGGAUGACCGUCGCCGUGGACGCCCUGCAGCGGACUCACCGCCCCGCGAGCUCGUCGACGUGGGCUUGGACUUCGGCGCCGUGCAGACCGACGAGGUCUCCCUCGAGCAGAUCGGCGACUUCGAGAUGGCGAACCUUGGUCUGGUUGAGAUCAUCGUCUACGGCUGGGUGGAAAAGACUUGGCGCGGAACCAGGCGAGUCGGCGAAACCCAGCUCCGAGUGCCGCUGCAAGAGGUGAUUGAGGCCAGGAAUCCCGCGACGACCAUAGUCGUGUUGCUCCUGCACGAGGGUCACUACUCCCUCGUUUACAACUUCGACGCCUUCGUGAGCCAGCGAAGCUCCCAGAUCAACGUUCGCUGGCGCAAAGGGCACAGCGUGAUUUGUUGCCCCAUUUGCCGAGCCAACUUCAAGACAGAGCUUGCGUUGAGGGGGCACUUCAGGACUGGCGGUUGUCGCCACGACUUCGAGGGGCGACGAUCUCAGAUCGCCUUGCCUUUGGCUGUGGAGGCGAACUUGAAGUACUUCACCAAGUCCUCUUGCGAGCUGGCUCCGGUCAUCGUCUACGCUGACUUCGAGGUCUUCAGCGAUGUGGCCCCCGAGCACGCGGCGGUCAAGGGCGUGCAAAACAGGGUGGCCAUGCUGCCUACGUAG